CUCGACUGCAGGAUCAUGCAAGCUUCUGUCACCGCUACCAUGGCCCUCGGAGAGCAACUCCGGAGGGUGGACAGAUUGCGUGUGCAGAAGGCGCAAGCUGACCUCGCCUUGAAGAAGGCGGUUGAGGAGAAUGCCUCCUUCCGGAAGAAGAUGACGGAGAUGGAGGCAGCCCUCCGGGCGGCAGAGGAGGGUAUGGAGCAGAGGCUGAAGGAGGCGCAGGCAAAGGGUAAAACCACUGCCGAGGAAGCUGCGAGUGCUGCCGCCAAGCUCGCCGCCGAAGCUGCCGAGGUGGCAAAGAAGGAGGCUAUUGCCGAGGCUGG